AGAAGACCACGUGGCAGAGAGCUUUGCCAAUGUUUCCCUCUUUGGAACUGAGCGCGGUGGUGCCAGCUUUUGCUGAGAGCAAAGCUGUGGCACGAGGAUUGCCUAGCAGAUGGCUUCGCAAAGAGGACCAGUCGGACAAGGACUUCAGACACAGCCUUUGUCUCAACCGGUUGUGCACAGAUUUGACAUCCAGAGACCCAGACAUUCGGCAAAAAGCAGCUGAAUCCCUAGAACAUUUGUCGAAAGGUGACUCUUUCGCCUCGGCAUUGGCUUCCAACUUGCAACCGGCACUCCGUGGUUUGAAGCCCGCUGAAAACGGGCCCGUCAAGUUAGCCAUCCUUGGGGCCUUGCGCUCGAUUGCUGAGAAAGGCCAUGCAAUCUCAGUGGCUUUGCAUGGAAGCGUGCUGCUGCCAUGUUUCAAAGAUCAGGACAUCUUGGUUCAAAGGAAAGUCUCCGCAUUGUAUCGUGUCCUGGCAGAAGAAGGUGCUGCGUCCAUGGUGGCACAAGAUGUCAAGAGUAUCAUGCAUUGCUUUCAAGCAACUCAAGCGAGCGGUGUUCCAUUAGCUGCACCAUUGGAUGCCCUGAGCGCAAUUGCAGUUGCAGGAGAGGGCUUGGCCGUUGCAAGUGUAAUCGAACCGCUGUUAACAAGCUUGAAGGAUUGCCGACCAAAGAUUCGAAUGAGUGCUUGCACAACUUUAGGGGCAAUCGCCAGUGGCGGGGCCAGGGAACUUCUUGGAUCUUUGGGUCUCUGUGCUGAGGCAGAGGGUCAUGGCCAAGCGACGCUCUUUGAGAUGUUGGUUUGUACAGCCUUGGACGACAGUGAUGACAGCGUCCGUUUGGAGGCUGCUGAUGCACUAAGAUGCUUGCCAGAAGCUGAUCCAGACACCUGUGAUGAGACGCGUCAACGAUUUCCCCAGCUGGUCCAGCGCUUGAGGGCCAAACGGCAUGGAGAGCGCAGAGGAAGGAAAGGAGAAGCGUUCAAGAUGAUCUCAGAUGCCAUGGGUAUGACAGGUGAAUUUGGGCAGACGAAAACGUCACUUGAAGGGACUCUUUGUGCCAUUUGUCAAGAACCGUUUCCAAUAAAUAAUGGGUGGUGCCCAGCUGGUGACCCGCAGACUCUCCACUGCGGCCAUACGUUUCAUGAGAAAUGCUGCAGUGGGUGGUUCUCGUGGGUGAAAAGAUGUGGUCGCAUACCGAGCUGCCCAGUAUGCCGAGCAACAGGACACCAUGUGGAUGCUUGAGACAUCUUGAGACGGGUAUUCACAGAAGAGGGUCCACAACUUGGACGCAUGACAUCGUGGCGAUAUGUAGCAGACGUGUAGCAAGCACUUCUGUAGGCUUGUAGUUUUGGACGAACGCUGCGAAGCAGCAACGUCACCUGCUUAUGCAGCUCAGCUUCUUAUCUGAUACUCAGCUUGAGGUCAGCUUGCGCUUUUCUUCUUGAUAGGCUUUGAACUUAGCUUGCAAGAGUUUUGCGACUUUCAUACAGCCCGCCUCGGCGUGUGGGAGCCUUGCAAGGCUGCCAAGUUCGAUGGGUCACUGUACAGUUAGCCCAAGACCUUGGCUGG